CAUACAGAAGAGUUUAAUUCUGCAAACGUAUGUUAAUAUUUGAAAAGGAUGGAUAGUUGAUAAUCAAUUCAAAGCUUAUUAGACCAGAUGGUUACUGGUACCUACAGUGAUAAGGAAGGAAUUACUCAUCGAUAUCUUGGACUUUUAAAUACGAUUUCUACAAUGUUUAAGAAGGGUUACAUUUUGCCUUGAGAAAUAAAAUGGACUUGAUAAAACUCUUUAUAUAAAAGUGCAUUGUCAUAUAAAGUAUUGAACAACGAUAUUUUUGUAAUAGCAUAUCUGCUAAUAAUAGCUAACAAACGUUGAUUUUAAAAGUAAGCUUUACGCAGUAUUUGGUACCGGACAUCUCGAGUUUUUGGCGGAUGGUGUACCUUUACACCACAGAACCAUUUGCUUUUGUUAGCUUACUAUCACGACCGUUAUCUUGGUUUGAUUUGGAUCAAGUUAUCGUUAGUUUACGCACAUAAUCGGAGACCGAUCGUGGUGACGGAAAUGCACGAACUAAGGCGAUAGUACACAGUAAUUAAGUUCAUUACAGGCUUAAACCGUUAAGAUUAUUUUCCCAUAUAAAUCAGUUAUUAUAUCAUGUUGGUUUUUCGUUUAUUUAAAUAAACUAGCAUAUAUCCCGGUUAUGUACAUACGCGCUUAACCGCGCAACCAUAAACACAUACGCAUUUAACAAGAAAGACCAGGAGCCUUAACUAUCAUUCUUCCCAUUUAAACUUCACGUAACAUUGUUCAUAUUUCGAAAGCACACGUCCAUUGAAACAUGAAGUGUAAUGUAUGCGUUUCUUCAAAAAGGAAGUUAUUCCGCUUUCGAACGUUUGUGUAUACAGUUAUUGAAUAAUGGUCGACAAUGUUAAACGCAGGGAAUAAUUGUUAGUUAAAAGAGCCUUCAGCUUACAAUGAAGAUAAAAAGAACACGAAUAGAUUAAGCAAUUACAAGCAACGCAUUGAUAACAUAUAUACAUCGGAUACUACUUGAAUACUUGAGUGUUAGAGAAACCCGAAUAUAGGAUGUUUAAUACCUCUCAAACUACGAGAAGUUUCACAGAAGGGACAGACAAACCAACGCAAAACACAUCAUCUGUCAAUCAAAAUAUUGAAGGAAUUGUAUCGGAAUGGCUUUGGAAGACAAUACCUGUCGUGCUAUUUUGUGUUGGAAUCACUGGAAAUGUGUUAACAAUUACAGUACUUAAUCGACUUGGAUUACGAAGACAACCUACCCUUACGUUUUUAAUGUUCUUAUCUAUAACAGAUACGGUCAUACUUUUGACAGUAUUGCCGAGAUAUUGGAUGUUAUACACGUUUAAUUUUGAUCUAAAACUUGUUAGCAGUGCAAAUUGCAAACUGUAUUAUUUUGUUGUGUAUUUAUCCAUGCAAUAUUCGUCCUGGAUAUUAGUUGGUGUGUCCAUUGAGCGUGCCAUCAAAACACAUUUUCCAUUCAAAUAUAAGCGAUGGUACACACGACAACGGGUACAGAUAGGACUUUUUAUAACAUUGUUCCUAUUAAUCCUUCUAAAUGUCCAUUUUUUCAUAACAAACGGAAUCAACGACAAACUUGAAUGUGGAUCAUUGACUGAAAAAGAUAAAAUAUUCGACGAGUUUAUCUAUGUAUACAUAGACUUAUGUGUGGAAAGUUUAAUACCUUUUCUUAUUAUGCUUUUGUGCAAUAUCUUUCUCAUUCGAAUCCUCCGGAAGUCACAAAAACAACGCCCUAGUAUGAUGCAUGACCGUUAUGUGCAAAGGGCGAACAUGUUUAGUGUCAAAAUGACAAAAAUGCUUGUGGUAUGCACUACAUACUUUAUUUUUGCUACGGCUCCUCUUUGCAUAUACUUCAUUAUUGAGUCGUACCUAAAGCCGCGCUACACUCAAUCCUAUAAUGAAGCUGCAAUGGCUACAAUGGGCCUUGUUUGGACGGUGUGUUACUUGAUUUGCCUAUCAAACUAUUGUGUGAACUUCUACUUGUACACGGCGUUAAAUGAAAGAUUUUACCAAGAAUUUAGAGCACUGCUUAGAUGUCAGCCAAGGACAAGUUUGCGGCGAGCUUGUGUCUACACUACAAAACACUUAAACACCACUUGUCGCAAUGCUGUUGACACCAGCCAAGGUAUAGAGCAGUCUCUAUCUGAUGAAGAAACGCCGAUUAAUGCUGCCUCAAACACCAACACGGAGAAGAGGAUCAUCACCGAAUAAAGAUGUUUCUUUGACUGAUCGAUUGAAAAGCUCCAAACUUUUAUAUAAGAGGACAAGUGCCAGUGUCCUUUUCUGGUGGGGCAAUGUAAUUUUAAACCAGUUAUUAUUGACAAUACUUUAAAAAUACAUAUGUAUGUUACAUGU